AUGCGUCUUGCUCAGCCAGACUUGCAGACGCCUGAGCAAAUCGUGUCGUUUCUGGAGAGUUCUUCUCGUAGAAACUCUCGGUCUUUGUUUGUUUCUCCGCGGUAUUCGCUGUCUGCUUCGACUGAUGCAAAUUCUACUGCAAAUCUGUCUGUAUCAACCGAGCCUCCAGGUGCUCUGCUUAUUGCUGCAAAAGCAUACAUGAAGCUGAAUUGUCUGGAAGAAGCUGCAGGAUGUCUUACCAAACAUGUUGCUAUAGCUUCAACUGCUGCAGAGGGACUAGUUUUACUUGCUCGAGUAUAUCAGCAAAAAGGAGAUCUUGCAUUGGCAAAAGUCACUUGUUCAAAAUUGGUCGAUUUAUCAGAUUCCAAUAGCCAAUUGACAAACGCUAUAGAGCUGUUUGUUGAGCUUUUAAAGGAAACAGGCGAUUUGGAAAUAUUAGAUUCAAUCAUGUCUAUCAUUGUCAGGCUUUGCUCAAUUUUCAAAGAAGGAAGAAUGAACACUCCACCUUUUACUGCAAUUAAAGAUCUAUUGGAGUAUCUUGUCAAUCUUGAUCCAGUGAAAAAAUCCACACUGAAUUGUGAUGCCUUGCUAAAGGAAAUUGUAUUUCUUUCUUCUCUGAAUGGUUUUGCUUCAUCGCCUAUAAUACAUAUUGCGUUGUUGAAAUACUACACCGCACAAAAGGAUAUACAAAGGAUGUAUGCAUUAAUUGAAGCAAACAAUAGUUUAAUGCGAUAUUGCAAAGAUUGGCUAUUCGCAGCAAAGAGUUCUCUUGCUCUCAUCUCACACCAAAUUGAAAAGAAACCGUUUCAACAUUCGGUAUCUCUUCGCCAGAUUGAAUUGCAGCUAGACAUUGUAUUUCACUUAAUUCACACACUUGUCAAAAACAUUGAGACGACCGAGUUACCGAGUGAUUUAUUUGAAGAGUAUGCUCAGCUUAUUGAGGAGUCUGACUCGAUGCUGACGAAUUUGAAGUCAUUCUCAAGCCAGCAAGAAUGGGCACAUAUGCGAAUGGAACACCUUGCUCGACUUUACUUUUUAAAAGGAUUGUCUUUACUUUGGAGACUGCCUUCAUCAAACAACGAUGCUCUAUUUUAUCAGGAUUUGAGAGAUACACCAGCAGAUACGAAUCUACACUUUGAUAUUAUGAGAAUGCUACUACUUAGUUUGUCAGAUGCACCAUCAACCUUGCCAAAAUAUCGAAAUGUUGCUCGUAUAAUUCAAGCAGUUCAUCUAGUUGCUGCAUUUAGGGUUUUAGAAACCGAUGAUGAACCUUUUUCCAAAACCAUUAUUUCUAAAAUUUCACCUAAUCCGCUUGAUAUUGGUGAUGUUUGUUCAUCUGUACUCAAAAAUCAUACGUGGCUGAGCAGCUCAUUCAAUGAAAUGACUACUGAAGGUAUCUUGGAGAAUCCAUGGGAUUUGGAACUGUUUAUAACGGUUGCUUCUUGGAACCUUUACAACAAUAACCUUCGAAAGUUUUUACGCCUGCUUUUUCCAAGAAUGCUUGAAGAGUCUGUUUUUUCAUCUCCAGAAAAAGUUACUAGACAAAACAGUAGAACGAUAGCAACUAUUGCUGACAUGGAAGUUUUUAUGAUAAUUAUGUGUCUUGAGCGACGUAUCCACGAGCAACUUUCUAAACGCAAUAAUACUGCCUCAAAUCCUAUAUCUAAGAUCAAGACAGGCUUUAUGUUUAUAUGUCGACCACUGGGAAUCGCAACGCAAUUUUGGAUGCGUAUGCUUGUGCUGUUUGGCAAGGCAUGUCCAAGUGCCGAAGCAAAUUAUUUUUCUACGAUUGCGCUAACUGAGCUCCAGUCGAAUGUUAUUCUUACAGAACUUCAUGGUAGAUUACAAGCACAUACUGAACACAUGGGCAUUUUAUUUGGCAGUAUAGGUGUUAUUCUUGCUGAACUGGGCCAUAGCUGUCUAGUGAAUACUUUUGAAAGAGCAAGAAGAUUUUUGAAGCUGUCUAAAUCCAAAGAAAUAGUCUACGAACCGCACGGUUUUGAACAUAGUUUGAUCAACUCGUGUUUUCGUGGUGAAUGCAUCAAAGCGAGUGUAUUAAAAGACAUACUUGGUAUUUCAGACCAAUUGGUGAUUGAUACUGAGGCGUCAUUAGAGACACGAUCAGGCACAACACUAUACACGGAUAGCUCUGAUACUAAACUGGCUUCAUCUACUACACCAAGUAAAAACCUAUUUUCAAAAAAACCAGCGCAUACAGCAGACUAUAGUCUGACAUCCGAGCCAUCUCCUGAUAAACAGCCUCAGCCACAAAAAACCAUACAAGAAAAUCCAUCGAGUUGUCAGCCAUCUAUUGUAUCUAAACGAAUUGCUCGUCAGCUUGCAUUAUUGAAACAUACUCAGUCAUGAGCGUGUUUCAACAAAACAGCGACUGAGAAUCUAGAUAACCUUUUACAUUCAGUGUAACCCCACAUUCACCACAAGCCAUGUCACUUUCAUCAGAUUAUUGAUUGCAUAUAAUCUAGUAUUUGGAAAGCAUAUUUUUGUAAAACUGGCUGAAUCAUACAAGUCUACUCAUCUUUCAACACAUGAAUAUCAAGCCUAUUUUUCUUUUUUUCAAACCAAGACAAGGAUUUAAAGCUUAAAUAGCAAUUUAAUUCUGAUUGAUGAAACAAAUGAAAUAUUUUGUGAACAAU